AUGCAAGAACAGCAAAGAACAACAAAGAACAUGCAAGAACAGCGAAGAACAGCAAAGAACAUGCAAGAACAACAAAGAACCACAAAGAACAUGCAAGAACAGCAAAAACAACAAAGAACAGCAAAGAACAUGCCAGAACAGCAAAGAACACCAAAGAACACCAAAGAACAACAAAGAACAACAAAGAAAAACAAAGAAGACCAAAGAACAUGCAAGAACAGCAAAGAACAGCAAAGAACAUGCAAGAACAGCAAAGAACAGCAAAGAACAUGCAAGAACAACAAAGAACAACAAAGAACAGCAAAGAACAACAAAGAGCAGCAAAGAACAUGCAAGAACAGCAAAGAACAACAAAGAACAGCAAAGAACAUGCGAGAACAACAAAGAAGAACAUAG